GGUGAUCGUUUAUUUCAUGCAGCCUCUUUUUUAUUCUAGUUCUCUUCUGUUCUAUUCUAUUCAUGAGGAAAUAUCUUCCGUUACCAGAAGUGUUCUAAAAGCUUUUUUCCUGUUUACGAAUAACAGAAUUCUUCCAUGAAGAAAGCGGAAGGGGAAAGUAGUUUAGAUUUAGACAGUGAUGUUAUUGCAUCUGAGAUCAAAGCAGGAUCAGUAAGUGAUCCACUGGCCGAGGCGGUUCGAGGAACCAUUCAAAAUGAUUCAGAGAAGAGAAAGGGCAAAGAUGAAGCGAAAAACACAAUCCCCUUCUACAAGCUCUUCUCUUUUGCAGACGCUUUGGAUUAUGCAUUGAUGAUUGUGGGGACAAUCGGUGCUGUUGGAAAUGGAAUGGCAAACCCUUUGAUGACCGUUGUUUUUGGGAGCUUAAUUGAUGCAUUUGGAGGCACCUCAAACUCCCAAAAAGUUGUUCAUGAUGUUUCCAAGCUGGCUCUCAAGUUUGUAUACCUGGCUCUGGGUUCCUUUGCAGGAUCCUUUCUUCAGGUUUCUUGCUGGAUUGUCUCUGGGGAGCGACAAUGUGCAAGAAUAAGAAGCUUAUACCUGAAAACAAUUCUGAGGCAGGAUGCCGGCUUCUUCGACACGGAAACCAACACCGGCGAGGUUGUUGGAAGGAUGUCAAGUGACACUAUGCUAAUUCGAGAAGCCAUGGGUGAGAAGGUAGGACAGUUUGUACAGUUAGUGGCAUCGUUCGUUGGAAGUUUUGUCAUAGCGUUCAUCAAGGGAUGGCUUCUUACCCUUGUUUUGCUGUCCUGUAUUCCACCUCUUGUUCUUGCUAGCGCCGUCAUGAGCAUCGUUAUUGCCAAAGUGACAUCGCGAAGACAAGUAGCAUAUUCUGCAGCUGCAUCUGUAGUAGAAGAGACUAUUGCUUCUAUCAGAACUGUUGCGUCAUUCACGGGCGAGAAGCAAGCCGUGGCUAAGUAUAAUCAAUCAUUGUUGAAAGCUUAUAAGACUGGAGUUCAAGAAGGAGUGGCUUCUGGAUUGGGAUUUGGUUCCAUUCUUCUCAUUGUUUUCUGCACUUAUGCUUUGGCCAUAUGGUAUGGUGGCAAAUUGAUUUUAGACAAAGAUUAUACAGCAGGGAAAAUUAUCACCAUAAUUUUCGCAAUUUUGACAGGAUCUCAUUCUCUUGGACAGACCUCUCCUAGCAUGAGUUCGUUUGCAGCAGGACAAGCCGCGGCUUAUAAGAUGUUUGAAACGAUUAAUAGGCGACCUGAUAUCGAUGCUUACGACACAACUGGCCGGCAGCUGGAUGAUAUUCGAGGCGACAUAGAACUGAGAGAAGUUGGCUUCAGUUAUCCGUCAAGGCCGGAUGAGACUAUAUUCAAUGGAUUCUCUUUGUUCAUACCAAGUGGCACAACUGUAGCUUUGGUAGGGCAAAGUGGGAGUGGAAAAUCAACCGUUAUUAACUUGAUAGAGAGGUUUUAUGAUCCGCAAGCUGGUGAAGUUCUCAUCGACAACAUCAAUCUCAAAGAGUUUAAUCUGAAAUGGAUAAGACAAAAGAUUGGCCUAGUUAGCCAAGAACCUGUUCUGUUUACUUGCAGCAUCAAAGAAAAUAUCGCUUAUGGUAGGGAUGGUGCGACUGAUGAAGAAAUCAAAGUAGCAGCAGAUCUUGCAAAUGCUUCUAAGUUCAUAGACACGCUUCCACAGGGACUGGACACGAUGAUUGGUGAACACGGAACUCAGCUCUCUGGAGGUCAAAAGCAGAGAGUUGCAAUAGCAAGAGCCAUUUUGAAAGAUCCAAGAAUUCUACUUCUUGAUGAAGCUACAAGUGCACUUGAUGCUGAAUCCGAGAAAACAGUGCAGGAGGCUCUAGACAAAAUCAUGAUAAAUCGAACCACUGUUAUUGUAGCUCACCGCUUAAGCACUGUUAGAAAUGCUGCCACUAUAGCUGUAAUUCAUCAAGGAAAAAUAGUAGAAAAAGCACAUUCUGAGCUCACUAAAGAUCUUGAAGGAGCCUACAGCCAACUCAAUAGAUUGCAAGAGACUAACAGUGAGGCAGAACAGAAUUUUUCUGUUGAAACAGAAAACCUUGAAUCUACUACAAAUUCUUCAAGGCAUUCAAGUCAACGGUUUUCUUUUAGAAAUUCCACAACUCAUGUACCCGGCGUUGGAAACAGGAAAGACGAUGAAGUUGCUCUUUCAGAAGACACAAACUCAAAACAACCUCCAAAAAUACCGAUCCGUCGCUUAGCUAAACUAAACAAGCCUGAGAUCCCAGUCUUAAUACUAGGGACUAUAGCUGCAGUGGCCAAUGGCAUCAUAUUACCCUUUUUUGGGUUCAUGGUUUCAAAGAUGGUCCAUAUUUUCUAUGAGCCUGCGGAUGAACUCCGCAAAGAUUCAAGAUCUUGGGCGUAUGUUUUCGUGGCGCUUGGCGUAUCAGCGUUCUUUAUCAAUCCCUUGAGGUCCUACUUCUUUUCUGUUGCUGGUGAAAAGCUGGUAAAAAGAAUGAGACUAAUCUGUUUUGAGAAAAUGAUUAAUAUGGAAGUUAGUUGGUUUGAUGAAGCUGAGCAUUCAAGUGCUGCACUUGGAUCAAGGCUGUCCACUGAUGCAGCGUCUAUUCGAGCUUUGGUUGGCGACGCGCUCGGAUUAAUGGUUCAGAACAUAGCUGCUGCAGUUGCAGGCCUGGUGAUUGCAUUCCAAGCAAACUGGCAGCUCUCUGUUAUAAUUCUUGUAUUGCUGCCUAUAUUAGCACUUAACGGAAUUCUUCAGAUGAAGUUCUUACAAGGAUUCACUGCAGAUGGAAAGAAAUUAUACGAGGAAGCAAGUCAAGUAGCAAGUGAUGCUGUAAGCAGCAGUAGGACUGUGGCAUCUUUCUGCGCUGAAGAGAAGGUGAUGGAGUUGUACAAGAAGAAAUGUGAGGCACCGAUUAAGGCAGGCAUAAAGCAAGGGAUAAUAAGUGGAGUUGGUUUUGGGUUAUCAUUCUUGUUUCUGUUUUCAGUGUAUGCAUGUAGUUUCUAUGCUGGAGCUAAACUUGUAGGGGAUGGUAAAGCAUCUUUCUCUGAUGUUUUCCGCGUCUUCUUUGCCCUGAAUAUGGCUGCUGUGGGGAUGUCUCAAACUAGCACCUUGGCCCCUGACUCAGCUAAAGCUAAAAGUGCUGCUGCUUCUGUGUUGGCCAUUAUUGACAGAAAAUCAAAAGUAGAUCCCAAUGAUGACAAUGGUCUGAUUCUAGAAAACUUGAUGGGAGAAGUAGAGUUUCACCAUGUCACUUUCAAGUACCCCACAAGACCUGAUGUUCAAAUAUUUAGAGAUCUUUGCUUGACUAUUUAUUCUGGCAAGACAGUUGCGUUGGUUGGUGAAAGUGGAAGUGGAAAAUCAACUAUGGUAUCACUGUUACAAAGAUUUUACGACCCAGAUUCAGGUCAUAUCACACUUGAUGGAAUAGAUAUCCAGAAAAUUCAAGUUACAUGGUUAAGACAACAGAUGGGCUUGGUAAGCCAAGAGCCUAUUUUGUUUAAUGAUACAAUCAGAGGCAACAUUGCAUAUGGAAAAGGAACACAUGCAACAGAGGCAGAGAUUACAGCUGCAGCAGAAAUGGCAAAUGCCCACAAGUUCAUCAGUAGUUUGCAACAGGGUUAUGAAACGAUUGUGGGGGAAAGAGGAUCAAAACUAUCUGGUGGACAGAAGCAGCGCGUGGCAAUUGCAAGAGCAAUAGUGAAGAAUCCAAAAAUAUUACUACUAGAUGAAGCCACCAGUGCCCUGGAUGCAGAGUCUGAAAAGGUUGUUCAAGAUGCACUAGAUAGAGUAAUGGUGGAACGAACCACAAUCAUAGUGGCUCAUAGGCUAUCCACUAUUAAGAACGCAGAUUUAAUUGCAGUGGUUAAGAAUGGGGUCAUUGUAGAGAAAGGAAACCAUGAAACAUUGAUCAACCAUGGUGGCCAUUAUGCUUCUUUGGUAGCAUUGCACACAAGUACAUCAUAAUGUUACAUUCCUUUCAGUUUUUUCCAUGUUACGUUUACUUUUUGUGAUGUAUAAGAUGCUCGGGAGUCUUUUAUAUCUCAA